UAAUUUAAAUAAAAUAUUUGAGAAAUUUAAAUUAAAUAUCUGAAAAGAUUAGAGAUGUCACUUUGGAAACAGCGGGCAGCAUACCUUCAUGCUAACUAUAAUGAAGACCAAUUACUGUUUACUUAUACAGGCAUAUCAUAACUUCCAGAGCUCGAGACAACUCCUCUAUGAGGUUAAGAAUUCUUGCUGGAACUUAUCUUCUGCUCAAGUGACAACAGCAUUGCGGCCAUUCUACUUCCUCGUCCACCCAGAUCUCUUUGGUCAACACCCAAGAGCUCAACAUGUUAAUGAUGCUUUCCUUACGUUGCUGAACAGUCACCUUGAUUCUCUCAUCAAUCAUGAGAAACCAAGGCCUCUUAGUCUACAGUUCUAUAUAAAAAAUAAGAAAAUGCAAGGUAGCCUUAACACAGUAGCAUUGAAGUUGAAUAAACCUUCAGCUCGAGACACCGUGCACCGUAUUCUCAAUGAAUUUGACCUUCCCACUAAAUAUGUGGACAAUCUUCCAGAGUCACUGCACGAACCAGAUAGGAAGAUAAAGUGGCAUCAACCAUUUCAUGGUGGCUCAAGCACCUUUAACCCUGAGGACGAGCUGUAUUCAGCCAGACUGAGGGAAAAUCUGAACUCAUGGCUGAUCUAGAACAUGGGGAGGCCGAGAGAAGAUAAGCCGUCAGUGAGCCUAUUCGCCAAGAUAUUGUGAGACUCCGCCACAGUUUGAUGGAGGAGCUGAAUCUGAGUCAGCUCUCUUGGCAGCGAGGUCUUGGCACGACACACUUGCGAGGCUGCCUUCAGGGUCUCAAGGCACUCACCAUGCACCAUCAGGUGAUUAAGGAAAUUUUGUAAGGUCGGGCUGUCCAUUUUGGGAAUGAGACGGGUGUGAGUUUGGAAGGACAUGUCGUUCUUAGUACGGCUCCUCCCCGACUUACGACUGGGUUAGGGACCCAAAUCCAGGUCGUAAGUCGAAAUGGUUGUAAGUCAAAAAUGCUUAAAUAAUACUUAGAA